AUGAUCAACAUCAAAAGAUCGGAUGUAGCUCGACAAACUUUUUCCGAUGUUAGGAGUAUUCAUAGUUCCGAGGUUAUCGAGGAAAAAGAAAGUCAAACCCACUCAAAAUUAUUAGCCCGUGGGAAAUAUGUUCAUGAGUUGCAAAGGCACAGAAUAAAACCGGAAUUUGUCGAAGAUUAUAUUAAAUUAAUUUCUAAGCAUUAUCCUCGCAUUGCCAAUGAUCAGAAAAAUUCUGUUCAUCUUUGCGGCAGCUGGCAAACUGAAAUUGGACAACUUGAUUCGUUUGUUCAUAUUUGGGAAUAUCAAGGAUAUAAAGGUUACCACGAGACGCAGGAUCGACUUAAAAAUGAUCCUUAUUGUCAACAAUUUAUUAAACAGUUACGACCUAUGCUUCUGAGUCGAUAUAAUCAAAUUUGUCUUGAAUUUGCAUUUUGGCAAACAAGUCCUCCCGCUGUUAAUGGCGGAAUUUAUGAAUUGAGAUCGUAUGAACUAAAGCCUGGAAACUUAUUAGAAUGGGAAACCCAUUGGCAUCGUGGACUUGAAUGUCGUCGACAGUUUUGUGAACCAAUAGGCGCUUGGUUUUCACAAUUGGGAGCUCUAAAUUAUGUUCAUCACAUGUGGCAAUAUCCUGAUCUCGAAAAGCGAAAAAUCACCCGAGAACAAGCAUGGCAGAUAGAUGGAUGGGCUGACACAGUUUAUAAGACAGUCCGUUUAAUACGAAGAAUGGAAACUGAAAUCUUAACGCCUCUUGAUUAUAGUCCCCUUCGAUAG